AGUCAAGAGUCCGCCAGUGACCGAGCCGCCAGUCGCCAGUCAGUACGCGACGCUCCUCGCGGCAACAUGUCUCCCGUGUGGCUCGUGCUCGCAUUACUCCCUAUCAUCGGUGGAGCUCAAAGGUUCAAUUGUCGUGGAAGAAUUCUCGGAGCGUACUAUGCAGAUGCUAAAUCAGGAUGCAAAGCGUUUCAUGUUUGUGUGAGGGUUGCGGGCGGGGGUAUCAGAGACUUUAGAUUCUUCUGCCCCCCUGGUACACUGUUCCACCAGGAGGCCCAAACAUGUACCGACUGGGGUGAUGACGACCCUCUAGCUUGUCCCGCAGACAUCUACGAUGGUUCGUUUGACCUGUACAAGAUAGGAUCUGGAUUCGAUACGAAAAAGAUCUCGUCUUCUGGAAAUCGUGAAGAUGAAGCCGAAUUCGGCCUACAGAGAUCUGAAACCGGAGAUCGCCGUCUAUCUCAAAAUGCUCCUAGUGGUGGAUCUGACCUCAGAGCAGCGCAUUCCUCUGAUUUCUUCACUGGACAACGCGACCGCGGCCGUGACGAAGUGGUUGCUCAGACAAAGGCACCGACAUCUAUUGCAGUCACUCGACAGUCAUUUAGAAGGAUCACAACAACCCGCCCUCCUUAUACAAGCACUCUUUUCUACCAAACGUCACCGUCUCCUACAACCUUGCCUCCCCAACCGUCGUCUCAACCCCAAUACGAAAUAUCCAAACGUAAAUUUUUAAGGAAGCGUCCUGUUUAUACCUCAACAACUGUACCAACAACCGUACAAAACACUUACUCUCCACAAACUUACACCGAACCUCAACAAAAUUUUAAUCGUAAAGUUCCACAACAGAACAAAAUAUUCCCAACAACAGUCAAUAUCCCUCCACAGUAUAAGGAAGAAUACGUUGAAGUUAGCAAAGUAGUUCCAAAACAAUAUAAUAAUAGAUUUUUCCCUAAUAACCCUACUCCAACUCCUUUCGCUGAAACAACGCUUGCCCCACAGAAUACUAAAAAAGAUGGAUUUGGUGAUUCCUUUAAUUAUGAUACACAGUCUACUCCGGCUAAUUACAACGAGAAUCGUCCAUUCAAAGUAAGAAAUAAUUUUAAUGUACAAAAUGAUGUAUCGAAUGAACAGGACUUCGUCCGUAUAAGAAACUACAACGGUAACAAUAAUGGCAACAGAGCUCCCGCUACUUCAACAGUAGAUUAUAAUUCAGCUCGUAGCACCAGUACACCAGUUUAUAAAAAUGUCAACAGCCUUUCUUAUGAAACGGAAAAGAAAAAUUUCGCUCCAUUUCUUGGCGCUAAGCAGACCUUUUAUAAUAAUCCCACCACCACCCCUUCUACUACCACUAUUUAUACGACUACCCGCGCUGAUCUUCCACCCAACAUAAACACCGUAGCUUACAAUACAAACAUAGGAUUCAAUACGCAAUCCUCGAACUACGCGGAUAGCGGUGAAGACGAUGGACAAUAUCGACCACCACAAGGUGAAGACGAUGGUCAGUAUAGACCAGAGCUAUACGAGAGAGAAUCGGAGCUGCUGUCUGGUGCACACUCGUUAAACAUCGCAGCAAGUGGUAACAGGCUUCCGGAGGACCAAAAAGCCAGAAAAACUUCAAAAGCAGUAGGAAAAACAUCACCACCGAGGCCAUUUAGACCCUCCCAGACCUCAACUCUCCCGCCCUCUGAGUACACUACUACAUACAGGCCGCAAUCUGAAUCAUCAACUCAUAGGACGUUUGAUUAUUAUCAACCAUACACAACCACUUCCAGACCUUACGAGGCACCUUCAGCGGUCGCAUACACCUUCGCUCCCUCCAACCCACCAGUUAAAGUAACCACGACAUUGGCUCCCAGAACAACUGAACGCUCACAGUCUAGAGAAACAGUUCCGCCAACAACAUCUUCCUUACCAUACUCUAAAAAAUCCACUCGACCUCCCCACUAUUCAAAAGCCGCAAACCACAGAGAGGACAAUAGUUAUGACUAUGCCUAUUACGAUUCUGAUCCCGGCUUCUCGGAAUACGACCAAAUAGAGGAGUUUGGUAGAACUAAGUCUAGACUUUAAGAUACAUACAUUACUUUUACUGCCAUUAAAUUAGUCGCCUCCUAAAUUAAAAUUACUGUAUUUUCAUAGAUAUAAUUGAAAAAAAUAAAUUGAUUAAAUUAAAUUUUGAUAAAUCACAUACAAUGAAAUUGAUAUUGAGAAAUAGUGUCGUAAAUUACUAUAAGUCUCGAAUAUUAAAUCUUAAUAUGUGAUCUAAGUUUUGAAGUGGUAUUUAUUGUUUGAAAGGAAAAUCUUUAUCAUCGAGAGCGUUUCCAAUACUACGUUACCCUAAAUUAUAAUUUGUGAUAUUAUUGUGGAUUUUUGUAUAACAUUAGAUUGUAAUAAAUAAUUAAUAGAUGAUAUAAAAAUACGUUUCCAUUAUAAAUAUAUUUUAUAUAUAAAUAAAUGCAGACUUGAUUUCAUAAACGUAUUUAGAUAUUUUAAAAGAAUCUAUAACUUUUUGAAAAGUGCAAAAUAAAGUUAUAGUAUAAUGGAUUUUUUUAUAUAUACAAGUACAAUUUUAACUUAAACUUUUAUUGUAAAUAAAAUUAUGAAUAUACAUUUCUAAUAGAACACGAUAA